AUGUCGGAAGUACCGUCUCAAGAAGAUGCAGAUGUUUUUGUUAUAGAAGAUAUUACAAAAAUAAUUAAGGAAGCGAUUGAAGCUUCAAUCGGAGGAGCUGUUUAUUCUCAUGAAAAAGUCAAUUUUUGGGGUAAUCAAAUUGCCGAUUAUUGUUUAUCACAAUUAUCAAAUUUACGUAAAAAUUUUAAGUAUGUUGUUACAUGUUCGAUAAUGCAAAAAACUGGUGCUGGAUUACAUACAGCUAGUGCAUGUUUUUGGGAUAACACCACCGAUGGAACAUGUACAGUUCGUUGGGAAAAUAAAUCAAUGUAUUGUAUUGUUUCUGUUUUUGGAUUAGCCAUUUAAAAAAUGAA